AGAGGGAGAAGGGAGCCUGACCUGGGGCUCAAUCCCAGGACCCUGGGAUCAUGACCUGAGCCGAAGUCAGACACUUCUGAGCCACCCAAGUGCCCUCAUAAUUUUGAAACAAAGCAAAUUCAAUUUUGACUAAAAAUACAUAGGGUCUCAAACAUCAAAAAGUACAAAAGAUAAGACCACUCGAUUUACUUUUUCUUGCUCCUCCUCUAAAUACACUGAAAAGAAUUCAGCAGACAAUUAUUAAAGGAAUCUGAAAGGUAGAAACAAGAGGGCAGACUGGGUAAGGAGCUUAGGGCUUGAGGAAGGGCAGUGCCCAGUGAGUUGUGUGGGUUUUGUCAUGUAAUCUUCCAUGUACCCAGCUCUGGACCCUCUGGAGUGCCUGCAACCUCAAAAUGCCAACAAGCAUAGAUACCCAAAGGAUGAAGGGGAAGAGAAGGAAAAAACGAAAAGCCUACUUUCCCCUUCCAAAAGACUAGGAAAGGUGAAGCUCUCUUACCCUACCAAUCUCCAACAACAGCAGUGGGCUUAGUCCUGCUGAGCAAUGCUCAGGAGGGCCUACCUGUUGCCUGUUCCACACUACAGUAUGACCUAUCCCUAGUCCCCCACCAGGUGACCGCACCAGUGACACCCACAGACCUGGUGUCUUCUAGCCUUUCAUCCAGGAGCAGAAGGGGGGACCUUCGGAGGUUUCCUCCUACACUCUUCCCUCCAGCAGCAAAAAGCCGGGUAGUUGCUAACUUCUCCCUGCAGUACCUGCAGAGAUUGAACAGGAAGUCAGCCAACACCAGGCAGCCAGAGAAUAGGCCAGGAGAAACUGCAUUCUAUGGGUCCAGCAUCACUCAGCUCCCAUCUAGUGAAACCACCUGACCUAGGGAAGUGCCUGGAAGUACCAACAGGGAUUGAGUGAUAGUUGUAUGUAGCUAGAACACAGCAGGCCAGAAUUGCAUUGCAAGAGCUCUGGCAACGAAAUUGUCAUUGAAACUACACCUAGAACAUGCAUGCCCAAUUUAAACAGUGAUUACAUGCAAACAUACAAAAUUAAGAUUUUAAAGCAGCCAUUAUCAAAUUGUUUCAACAAGGAAUGAUAAAUUAUUUUGAAGCAAAUGAAAAGCUAGAAAAUAUCAGCAAAGAAACAAGUUAUAAAAAAUUCCAAAAUGGAAAUUACAGAUAGGGAAUAUACAAUAAUUAAAUAAAAAACAUGUCAGAUGGGCUCAGUUAUUGCACUGGAAAUGUCAAGAGAUCAGAAUCAGUCAACUUGAACACAGAUCAAUUGAAUUUAUUCCAUCUGAACAGCAGAGAAAAUAGGCCGAAAAAAAAUACUUAAGCUCCUCAGAAAUUUCAGGAACAAUAAUACAAGAUCUCACAUUCAGAUCAUUGGAAUCCCAAGAGAUGAGAAAGACCAUGAGACUGAACAGCUAUUGGAAGAAAUAAGGACUGAAAUUUUCCCAAAUUUGUUAGAAGACUUAAAUCUACAGAUUCAUGAAACUGAAUGAACCUUAAAGAAAAAAACCUAAGGAAGUCUACACCAAGACAUAUAAUUAUACUCUGAGGACUAAAGACAAAAAAAAAAAAAAACAAAAAAAAAAACCUGUAAAACAACCAGAGAGAAAUAACACAUUAGUUCUUGGGGAACAGCAGUUCAGAUGACAGCGUGAUUCUUAUCAGAAACUAUGAGGGCAGGAGGAAGUGGCACCGCAUGUUUCAAGGACUAAAAGAAUAGUCAGGGGUGCCUGGGUGGCUCAUUCGGUUGAGUGUCUGCCUUUGGCUCAUGUCGUGAUCCCAGGAUCCUGUGAUUGAGCCCCGCAUCAGGCUCCCUGCUCGGCAGUGAGUCUGCUUCUCCCUCUCCCUUUGCCCCUUCCCUUGCUCAUUCAUUUUCUCUCUCUCUCUCUCUCUCUCAAAUAAAUAAAAAUCUUAAAAAAGAAAAAAGGUAAGAACAAUCAACUGCAAGUUCUAUAUCUGGUAAAACUAUCCUUCAGGAAUAAAGGGAAAAAUAAUGACAUUCAUAAAAGAAAACUAAGAGGAUUUGUUGCUAGCAGAUAUACUCUUAGAGAAAGGCUUAAAGGAAGCUCUUCAAAAAGAUAAGAUACCAUUACAGGAGGAGGCUUGGAAUUUCAGAAAUGAAAGAACAAUGAGAACAAUGGAACGGAUAAAAAAGUAGGGGUAAAUAUAAGUGGACUAUCCUCAUGAAUUUUAAAAAUCAUACCUGAUGAUCAAAGCAAAAAUUACAGUACCAUCUGAUGUGGUGCUUGAUGUAUGAAAAGGAAAUACCUAAGACAUUCUGUGUAAAAAGUGGGGAGGAUAAAAGAUCCUAAAUGGAAGUGAGCAAAGCCAUAUAUUCAAAAGUAAAAAGUCAAAAUGGAAUUUUUAAAAAUGUUCAAGUAGCCCACAGGGGAAGGCAAUAGAAACAGGGAACAAAUAAAAAAAAAAAAACAGAGCCGGGAUCCCUGGGUGGCGCAGCAGUUUGGCGUCUGCCUUUGGCCCAGGGCACGAUCCUGGAGACCCGGGAUCGAAUCCCACAUCGGGCUCCCGGUGCAUGGAGCCUGCUUCUCCCUCUGCCUAUGUCUCUGCCUCUCUCUUUCUCUCUGUGUGACUAUCAUAAAAAAAAAAAAAAAAACAAAACAAAACAGAGCCGCCCUCUGUGCCCUUCUUGCUGACCCCAUGCUCCAGUUCCUGCUUGGAUUUACUUUUGGCACGAUGGUUGGAAUGUAUCUGGCUCAGAACUGUGACAUAUCACACCUGGCUAAAGAACUUGGAGAAAUUAAAAAGGACUUGGAUGCUAAAAAGAAACUUCCUAGUCAUGAAAUGGGCUCUUGAACUACCUUCUGGAUAUUCUGAUUCUUCUAUUCUUGAGGGCCUCUUUACCAUCUGAACCACAGGUUUUUGUUUUAAAUUCCAGCCUCAGUGAUUUUCCUCUCUGCUGAAUCCUGCGUGCCCUGGGAGCACAAAUGGGGCCAUGAGUUAAGAACUGUGCUUUUCCAGCAUUCUCACCUCUUCCUUUCCUCUUUCCAGCCACUUGAGAUGGCCUAAGAUGGAAUUACGGUACUAGAUUAGUAAAUGUGACCUUUAAUUAAUAAUGUCUUCUUCAUUCUUUGGGAUUUCUACCACCUUUUUUUAAAAAAGAAAAAUGGAUGAGUUUUAUGUAGCUGAUCAGAUUUAAAUAAUGCCGAUUACAUGGUAUAGCAAUUAUAAUGGAUGUUUAAACAUUUGGUAUUAAUGUUGUUUCCAAAUAAUUAAAAUUGAAGUCCAGAGGGGAAAAAAAAACAAGUAAUAAAAUGGCAGUAUAAGCCCUAGCCUAUCAGUAAUAAAUUUAAAUGCAAGUAGUCUAAAUAUUACAACUAAAAGGCAGAGAUUGAAAGAAUAGAUUGUUUAAAAAUUACUGAAGUACACGCUGUCUACAAUAAAUGCAUAUCAAUUAUAAUGACCAUAGAUACACGGUUGAAAGUAAAAGAUGAAAAAAGAUACAUCAUGUUAACAUUAAAUUUUUUAAGUGGCUAUAUUAAUAUCAGACAAAGUGGACUUUAGAGCAAAGAAUAAAGAAUCAGUCCAUCAGAAGACGGAGCAAUUCCAAAUGUAUAUACACCAAAAAGCAGAGCUUCAAAAUGUAUAUGAUAUAAAAAAUGAUGGAGCUGAAAGGAAAAAUAGAUAAAUCCAUAGUUAUGGUUCAGGACUUCUAUAUCCCAGUCUAAGCAAUUGAUAUAGCUCUUGGACAGAAUAUUAGCAAAGAUAAAGAAUAACUUAACAAUACCAUCACACAACAAGAUCCAGUUGACAUUUACAGAAAUUCCACCCAACAACAAAAAAAUUGAAUAUAUAUUCUUUUCAAGCACCCAAGGAAUAUUUGCCAAGAUGGAUCCUAGGUCAUAAAAUGAACUUCAAUAUACCUAAAAGAUUAAAAUCAUACAGAAUAUGUUGUAUGGCCAUAAUGGGGGUGUAAAGAUUGGUGUAUGGCAAUAAUGGAAUCAAAUUAAAAACCAAUAAUUAGACCACAGGAAAAUCUUUAAUCAUUUGGAAAUUAAAAGUACACUUCUUAAUAAUCCAUGGAUCAAGGAGGAAGUUAUCACAGGAAAAUUUUAAAAUAAAAUAAGGGCAUUUGGGUGGCUCAGUUGGUUAAGUGUCUGCCUUCAGCUCAGAUCAUGAUCCCAGGGUCCUGGGAUAAAGCUCCGCAUUGGGU